GAAACGUGAAUGAACAGAAAAGGCUUUGACUGUUGUUCUAUCCAGUCAAUAUAAUUUUUGCAUAGGUUUCAAUAACGAAUGCGGCAAUAAUAUGAAGAAUAAAAAAAACUCCUAGAGAAUUAUAUUUCCGGAACUAAAUAUGUGUAUUCACCGUGUUUGAGGUGUGAAAACGUCAACGGUGAAACGUCCAUGGAUGAUUCGGAGGAAACCUGACUCCGGUCUGAAGUCCAGUGUUUAUAAGCGGAAGACAAGUGGCCAGCCGCUCCCAGUGGGAAACCACACACACGCGGUGUAAGAUGGAGCAUUACGACGCCACGACCGGAUCUGUGUUCUUUUCGCGGACGGGCUGCUGUCAUGAUAUCUCGCGGGGGCUUCGACGGAUUCCUAUUUGUUUUAAAACAGAACUUGUGGUACUGUUUAAACUGGCCUGGCCAAUGUGUAUAUCUCAGAUGCUCACCUUCCUUGUGAGUUUCGUCAGUACAGUCUUCUGUGGGCACCUGGGGAAGACCGAGCUUGCUGGAGUGGUCCUUGCCAUCGGCGCGAUCAACGUCACAGGUAUAUCGAUUGGGGCUGGCUUGUCAUCUGCAUGUGAUACCCUCAUAUCUCAGACGUUUGGGAGCGGGAAUGUGCUUCAGGUGGGCCUGGUGGUGCAGCGGGCCAUCCUCAUCCUGCUUCUGGCCUGUCUCCCCUGCUGGGCGUUGCUGGUCAACACGGAGCUGAUCCUGCUGGCCGUCCGUCAGAGCCCCGAGGUGGCCCGGUUGUCUCAGACCUACGUGAAGAUCUUCAUGCCGGCCCUGCCUGCUUCCUUUAUGUAUUCAUUGGAAGUAAGGUAUCUGCAGAACCAGGCCAUCAUAUGGCCAACGGUGAUCACCGGAGUUGUGGUUAAUAUCAUCAAUGCCCUCAUCAACUACAUCCUUCUCUACGUCCUGGAUAUGGGAGUGGCAGGUUCAGCUAUAGCCAAUGCAGUCUCCCAGUUUGCCAUGGCUGGGAUUCUGUUUCUCUACAUAUGGAGGAGAGGUCUUUACAAGGCCACCUGGUCAGGCUGGUCCAGGGAGUGUCUGACCGAGUGGGGCGCCUUCAUGGGCCUGGCCAUCCCCAGCAUGAUCAUGUUGUGCGUGGAGUGGUGGACCUACGAGAUGGGAAGCUUCCUGGCAGGUUUAAUCAGCGAGGUGGAGCUGGGAGCUCAGGCGGUCGUGUUUGAACUGGCAAAUCUGGUUAUUAUGUUCCCCCUAGGGUUUGGCGUCGCGGGCAGUGUGAGGGUAGGGAACGCCCUGGGUGCCGGGGAUACAGAGCAGGCCAAGCUGUCCGCUAAGCUGACCAUCCUCUGCUCAGUACUCAUUUCGUCGUGCCUGUCGGUCGUCAUAGCGAUCCUGAAGGACCGCAUAUCAUAUAUGUUUACGUAUGACGAGGAGAUCCGACUGAGGGCUGCCGAAGUGGUGGCCCUGUACGCACCGUUCCUCAUCCUGGAUGCGCUCGCGCUGUCCGCAGGCAGCAUCGUCAGAGGAGCAGGGCGGCAGCGGGUCGGCGCGCUCUGUGGCAUCCUGGGGUACUACGGCGUGGGCUUCCCCAUCGGCGUCUCUCUGAUGUUCCCCGCCAAACUCGGCAUCAAGGGUCUGUGGCUUGGCCUGCUGGUUUGUGUGGCUCUGCAGUCCACCUUCCUCCUCGGUUACUUGUUCAGGAUGGACUGGCAGAAGGUCACCGUGGAGGCUCAGGUCAGAGCUGGGGUUUUAGGGAACGUUCCGGAAACACUCCCUUCAGCCCCAGGGGGUGAGGAAGGCCCUCCAGGGCGUGAGAAAGGCUCUCCACUGCUCCGGGGGAGGGCCACAGUGGAGGAGGAGGACCCGGCCGCCCCGGGGGAGGGGCCGGCCGACGGCGAGGCCGCCCCGCCCCUCUGCCCGGCGCCGCCCCGCCCCUCCCUCCCCCGCCUGCUGCUGCGCCGCGGCCCGGCGCUGGGCGCCAUGCUCGCCAUCCUCCUCACGGGGAUCCUCACUGACUGGCUGAUCCCUCGCACGGUCACAUGA